AUGAAUGACGAUGAAGAUGAUGAUGAUGAUGAUGAGGAAGACGGUGAGUCUCCUAACCUUCCUGAUACUGGCAACAAUCUAGAUGAUGAUGAUGAUGAUGAUGAUGAAGACGAUGAUGACAACAACUUCACAAUUCAGUACCAGAGACCCACUAGUGCCACGAAAGGCGUCGCCUUCGGGGAUUCUACAUCCCAGGGGCAGCAAGGGGAGAAGGAGAAAGAGACCACUCAAGAAAAUCACCAGAACACCAAGGUGAAAGACAAAGAAGCUGAACGUGAGAAAGCACUAAUGCUGGCCGACCAGGACAGAAAAUGGAAUGAAGAUCGUCUAAAAGAGAGUCAGCCCUCAGCCUAUUUCAAACAUCACCAUCAGCAGACGGAUGAAAGACGGAUCACUGCUUCUCUGCUAUCAACAAUUGCUUCCUCUUCUCCCUCAUUGGUCUCUACUACACGCGUUGAUGAGGCACCAAUGGUUGUCCCCACUAGUGUUGAAGCCAUAAUGGGCAUAGGACUUGAGGAUGAUACUCAUGAGCAAUCUCGUUUCCUCUCUGAGGACAAAAAGCAAGAAGCAAUCCAGGCUCAAAAAGAGCUGGAGAGGCAACAACAACGGAUGAAGGAAAUUUUAGAUCUUGCAAGGAGCCAAGCUAUCGAUACCUUAGCUGAAGAGAGAGUCACAAGAAUCAAUCCAAUUGAUGCUCAAGUGAUUACGUUCAGAAAAGAUGAAGAGGAUAAAGCUAAAAAGAACUCACAAAUGGAGAAAGAAGGUGGUAUAGAGUGA